UUUCAAACUUGUUUUUUGGCUCGUUAACUUGAAGACAACCUUGAACAUUUUCAACAACCAACAAUUAUUGUAAACAGCAAUUUAAUAUAAGGCAUCACUACCAUCAAGUGACCUUUGGAAGUCUGGUGUGAGAAAUCGACAAAAGAUUUCGUCUCGAACCAUGAACUUUUCAGUGUCUGUAGGAGACGUAAUCACCUCCCCUUCCUCACCAUACGUGGUGCAGCAUCUCCUGGGUUCUGGCGCCUUCGGAGCAGUCACCCAGUGCAAAAAGAUAACCACCAAUGAAAUUGUGGCUUUAAAAAUCAUCAAAGACAAGCUUUGCAUUGAAGAGGCAAAAGAAGAGGCUGCCAUCCUUCAAAUGAUGAAAAAGCAGGGCUCAGACAAUUUCAAUGUCGUCAGAUGGAAUGACUCCUUCACUUUUGAGGAACGUUUUCAUCUGGAGUUUGAGAAGCUGGACAUGAGUCUCUAUGAGUUCCAGCAGACUCGCCCUUUUAAGUGUCUUGAGUUAAAAGACAUACGGCCCAUUCUGCAACAGGUGGCAACUGCUCUUGAGUUUCUGAAGAACAUUGGACUCGUUCAUGCAGAUCUAAAACCAGAAAACAUCAUGAUAGUGGACCAUUUUAGGCAGCCAUUGAGAGUCAAAGUAAUUGACUUUGGCCUAACCUGCAACCAUCCUGAGGCACAGACCGGUGUCAUCCUCCAGAGCCUGUGGUACAGGUCUCCAGAAAUCCUGCUGGGCAGUCCCUUCAACGAGGCCAUUGACGUUUGGUCUCUGGGCUGCAUUGCUGCCGAAAUGCUCACGGGCAAAGCACUGUUCGCCGAAUAUAAUGAGUAUGAUACGAUGAGAAGUAUCUGCUACACAGUUGGAAAGCCAACGGACCGCAUGCUGAAUGCUGGACGUUACACAAGGCGGUAUUUUCGUGCAUUCUACCCGCAAUUUGACGCCCCCACGUGGAAAUUAAUGUCAUCCCUUGAAGUGAGAAACUUUGCAAGUUCUCCACGAACGGCCACCAGCCUGAGUGAUCUUUUGAAGACAUCUCAUCAACUCUCAGGAGAAGAUGCAAUGGCCAUUGAAUGUGACCGGAUAAGCUUUGUAGACCUGCUCACAAAGCUUCUGACUGUGGAUCCUUCUGAGAGAAUAACACCAAGCAAAAUUCUUCAGCAUCCAUUUAUAACAAAGAACCAGAUCUUUGGCGCUUUUGAAAACAGCGCUCAUGUCAAUUCAUCUGUGGAGCAAAUUAUUUCGUGUUGCAACCACAUCACUAAUGCUGGACCGGAGGUGGCUCAGAAUGAGGCCUCCACCAGCACUGCAAGCCUGGCCACCCACCCUGAAGAAGGUCGUCCUGCUGUUCUGCAAAGCAAGGUUCUACCUAUUCUCCAGAGCACCACCAUCAAAAAGAGUCUACCAACAAAGAGAAAAAGAGAUGGUGACAAAUCAGAACGUGUCAACAAUCCAGACACCAUCCCCGCCAAGAGAAGGAGGAUUGAAAGCCAAGAUGCAGCUGAGACAGAUGCUAAAAUCAGCUUGCUAAAGUCCUUGCCGAAAAAGAGAAAGAGGGGUGAGGCUGAGUCCAGGACCUCUGAAGACAUCUCCCCACCAAAACAGAAGAGGAGAGUCAACCUGGACAAAGAACCGUUUGACAGCAUCCAAAAACUACUGAGCAACAAAAAGGAGGUACCGUCCAGCCUGACCACAGUCCACCGUGCACACUCGUGUGCAAGGGCGUCCUGCGCUAGUGGGAAAAGAUGGACUUCAUCUGAUGAAGCUCUGCUGUCAGCUGGUCCACCCUGGAAGCCAGCUUAG